AGCCCCCCUCUCCACUUGCCCCAUUCCCCUGCGGCGGGCUCGGCGUGCCCCUCCCUCCCCUCCCCCCGGUUGUUUUCUCGUUCCUUCCUCGCCAUCCAGGGCUGAGUCAUCGCCUGCUGCCGUCUCGCUGCUGACGGGCUUGGACCGAGACGGAGGGGGAGAGGAAGGGGAAAGCCUCCUCCUGCCCAAGUACCCCCCCCCCCGCAGGGGGAGGACAGACAUAUUCCCCCCUACUCCCCCGCCAGCUGUAUGCUUGCUCUGGGGUCCCCUUGCAGAGAGAGUAUGUCCCUGGUGUCACAGCAUCCAGGCUGCCUGUUUGACCGGAGGCUGUGCUCCCCCCAGGAGGUGUGUGUGCAGGAUGGGCUGUUUGGGCAGUGCCAGGUUGGCUCCGUGCAGGACAGACCCUACUUCCAGGUCACCUCUCACGUGCUCCAACGCCUGCAGGAUGUCUUGCGGCACCUCAUGGCACAAGGGCUCUCAUGGCAGGAUGGCAUCACCCAGUAUGUGAUCUCACAGGAGAUGGAGCGCAUCCCCCGCCUCCGCCCACCACCCCCGCUGGAGCCAAUGGCCAGGGACAGGUUCUUGCCCCUCCGCAGCUCCCCACGGCGAGCCCCGCUCACCACAGACCCUGGCCUGCCAGCAGCUCAGCAUCUGGGGCAGCCCCCACCGCUGCUGCCCUCCCCCAUGGUGCAGCGUUACCUGGAGCACGUCCUGCUGCCCCCCUCACCCCAGUUGGGUUAUGAAGAGGCUGUGCUCAACCCCUACUCCUACCACAGGUUCGGCUAUCAGAAUGGUGCUCACCAGCUCUCCAGCGGCUCAGCCAGGCCGAGCCCAGAGACUUCCUCGCUGCUGGGCCGGGUCCCUGCCCAGGCCUUCUUUGGGGCUGGCCCUGUGCCCUCCUAUGGUGGGCAGCCAGGAACAGAUGGGGGGCAUCUCUUCCAGGAUUUAGGCAUGCUUUCCCUGCCCAGAGAGAAAGCUGGCCACUCAGACCCUGCCGGCACUAGGCUCCAGCACAGCUUGCAGCUCUCUGGUGAUUACAGGGACAUGGAGGAGAGGGAGCAGACAGGACCUCUAGCUGCCCAGCCACCCCCUGCGCAGACAGAUGCUGCCAUGAAGAGACUGGCUUCCCUCCUGGCCAGCUAUGGCCUGGGGCUACCAGAGCUGAGCCCCCAGCAGCUAAGCAGCCUCUCUGCCCUUCUCCAGUUGCUCCAAAGCUCUGGUGUUGCUGAUCCCGAAGUGCUGACAGUGAAACGAGUGGGUUUGCAGCAGGGUGGUGCUGGAGGAGGUGUCGUGCAACAGAUGCUGGAAGGGGACAUGCAGCACAGAGAGGAGCCAGUGCGCCCUACCUCCACAGUGGCACCCCCCAAAAUCCCAAACAGCAGCUCCUCAGGAGAUGGGCUGAGGGACAGGGCAAUGUCCUUGCCACCCCCCCACGCCGAACCACAGCAGGGACUUGGUGGGAGCGCACUCAGCCCUGGGAAGCCGACUGUGGUGAAGAAGAGCUACACAGAGGAGAAUGGUAGUGGGGCACAGAGGGGAACACGGCCACCAGAUGAGUAUGGCUACAUCAUCACAGACCAGAAGCCCCUGGGGCUGGCUGCUGGCGUGCAGCUGCUGGAGCUCCUUGCCAAGCACCUCCACCUCUCCACAGCCAGCUUCAUCAAUAUCAGCGUUGUGGGUCCUGCGCUCACCUUUCGCAUCCGGCAGAACCCCCAGAACCUCUCGCUGGCGGAUGUGGCCACCCAGGCUGAGUAUGUGAAGGCAAAGCUGGAGGCAGAGUUGGGCCUGAAGGUCAUUCAAACAGGAGUGGGAGAGCGAAAUGAGGCUGCUGCCUACUCACGCCCAUCUCACUUUGGGGACGGCUUCCACUCAGUGCUGCUGACCUUCAUUGCACUGGCCUGUGUGGCAGGCAUUGCCAUCGCAGCUGCUGCUGCCUUCUGCCUCCGGCGCCAUGCCAAGCAGCGGGAGAAGGAGCGUCUGGCUGCCCUGGGGCCCGAGGGUGCUGCUGACACCACCUUCGAGUACCAGGAGCUGUGCCGCCAGCACAUGGCUGCGAAGUCCUUCUUUGGCCGUGCCGAGACAUCAGCAGCACCAGCGGAGACCUCGCGGGUCAGCAGCGUCUCCUCCCAGUUCAGCGACGCCCCGCAGCCCAGCCCCAGCUCUCACAGCAGCACUCCCUCCUGGUGCGAGGAGCCUGUCCAGUCCAACAUGGACAUCUCAACUGGACACAUGAUCCUGGCCUAUAUGGAGGACCAUCUCCGCAACCGGGACCGGCUGGCCAAGGAGUGGCAGGCUCUCUGUGCCUAUCAGGCUGAGCCCAGCAUCUGCUCCAUUGCCCAGAGUGAAGCCAACCUGAAGAAGAACCGCAACCCUGACUAUGUGCCCUAUGAUCAUGUGCGGAUCAGGCUGAAAGCUGAGAGCAACCCUUCCCGCAGUGACUUCAUCAAUGCCAGUCCAAUUAUUGAGCAUGACCCACGGAUGCCAGCAUAUAUUGCCACACAGGGGCCCCUGUCCCACACUAUCGCUGACUUCUGGCAGAUGGUGUGGGAGCAUGGCUGCACUGUCAUCGUCAUGCUGAGCCCCCUGGCUGAGGACAGUGUCAAGCAGUGUGAUCGCUACUGGCCGGAUGAAGGCUCCUCUCUCUACCAUAUCUACGAGGUGAACCUGGUGUCGGAGCACAUCUGGUGUGAGGAUUUCCUGGUGCGCAGCUUCUACCUGAAGAACGUGCAGUCACAGGAAACCCGCACUCUGACACAGUUCCACUUCCUCAGCUGGCCAGCUGAGGGUAUCCCUGCCACCACCCGGCCCCUCCUCGACUUCCGCAGGAAGGUGAACAAGUGCUACCGGGGUCGCUCCUGCCCUAUUAUUGUGCACUGCAGUGAUGGUGCAGGCAGGACUGGAACAUACAUCCUCGUAGAUAUGGUCCUGAACCGAAUGGCCAAAGGGGUGAAGGAAAUAGACAUAGCUGCUACAUUGGAGCACAUCCGAGAUCAGCGGCCUGGCAUGGUGCAGACCAAGGACCAGUUUGAGUUUGCAUUGACGGCUGUGGCUGAGGAAGUGAAUGCCAUCCUGAAGGCACUGCCACAGUGAGGGCAAGGAGUCCUUCCCUCUUGUCUUCCCCUGUGCUCCCCUGGCUUCCUGCACUCUCCUUACCCUCACUGUGGGGCUGCCCUCCCUGUAAAUUGCUGUCUGUGCUGCUGGCUGUGUUCCUUGUCCUCUCAUCCCUCUCCCCUUUCUGCCCCAAAUGCUCCCCUGCCCCUCUCCCCAGGGACACAGGGCUCAGCCCCUCUGCAUGCAGGACACAGGACCUCAUUGGACCUGCUGACACUGCAGAGGGGACUGGGCUCAUGUCCCCUAUCCCCUGUGGAGAAGGGCCAGGUGAGGCUGCUGAGAGUUGGCUGUGGGGUCCCUGCAGCUGCUUUCCUGCACCCCAACCUGGCAGUCUUGUGUCAGGUCCCUUCUCUGUACCCAUGUGGGGGCAGGAGUGGGCAGGGGUCCCCCAUGGUUGGGGGCUGUAGGGGUGCCUGGCCCAGCCCCAGGUACCCUCUCUGUGCUCCCUGCCUUGUCAUUCAAGCAGAAAAGAAAUUUCUAGAGAAAUAUAAUUUUGUAUCUUGAUGUGAAUAAAGUUCUUGUGUCGCGUUUGUGCAGCU